UUAACAUGAAAUGAAGCUCAAUAACCCUGGAUGUGGCUUGAGCCAGCCGUUAGGCACGGGCAAUUCCCUCUUGUUUUUCACAGCAGAUCUCCGCUCAAAUGAAAAUGAAAGCGUAAAGAAUCGAUUUUCCUUGAGUAACUUAUAAAAUUGUGAAAGGGAAAAUGUUGCAUGCAACUCCUCAUGAUCAUUGAACGCUCUUCUCCAGUUCAACUGAUAUGCCACAUGCUUAUGGCAACAAGGCUUCACGUACCUUUUAAACAU